GGCUUUCUGUCUCGACUCAACUCAAUCCAGCCACAGGAUUAUCAUAUACCCAGAGCCACAUUUACCAGGCUCUCAGCAUAACACCCAUCAGCAAUCAUGAGCCGAAGCUACUCAAGUACCCAGAGGGUUUCCUCUUACCGUCGUGCUUUUGGUGGAGGAUCUCCAUCUUUUACCAGGUCCUCCUAUGGGGCUAAAUCAGGUGCCUCCAGCUCGUUGUCCUCCAGAGUCUACCAAGUUUCCCAAUCUGCGGCAUCCCCAUCUUACUCCAGUUUCAAGGCAUCAAGGUUGACCCCAGCUAGAAGCAACUAUUCCGCAGACGUUCUGGACUUCAGCCUCGCCGAUGCCAUGAACCAAGAGUUUCUGCAGACCAGAACCAAUGAAAAAGUGGAGUUGCAGGAACUGAAUGACAGAUUUGUCAACUAUAUUGAGAAAGUGCGGUACCUGGAGCAGCAGAACCAGAUCCUGGUAAACGAAGUGAACCGGAUCAAGGGCAAGGAGCCAACAAGGGUCAGUGAGCUGUACGAGGAAGAAAUGAGAGAGCUGCGUCGCCAAGUAGACAUCCUGACAAAUCAGAGGGCGCGAGUCGAAGUGGAAAGGGACAAUUACAUUGAUGACCUUCAGAAACUCAAACAAAGAUUGCAGGAGGAGAUUCAGCUGAAAGAAGAGGCCGAGAAUAAUCUGUCCGCAUUCCGAGGGGAUGUUGAUGCUGCAACCUUGGCCCGCAUAGACUUAGAAAGACGCAUUGAAUCCCUGCAGGAGGAAAUUGCUUUCCUGAAGAAGAUUCACGAGGAGGAAAUUCGAGAUUUGCAAGCCCAAUUACAAGAACAACAUGUACAAGUGGAACUUGAUGUUUCCAAACCAGACUUGACAGCAGCUCUAAGAGACAUCCGUUCUCAAUACGAGAAUAUCGCUGCUAAGAACAUUUCAGAGGCUGAGGACUGGUACAAGUCCAAGGUUUCUGACCUCAACCAGGCUGCUCAAAAGAACAACGAUUCUCUACGCCAGGCCAAGCAGGAAAUGAUGGAGUACCGCCACCAAAUUCAGUCUUACACCUGUGAAAUUGAUGCACUCAAAGGAACUAAUGACUCACUGCUCCGUCAGAUGAGGGACCUGGAGGAGCGAUUCGGUGGGGAGGCUUCUGGGUACCAAGAAACUAUCUCCAGACUGGAGGAAGAAAUCCGUAACCUGAAGGAUGAUAUGGCAAGACACCUUCGGGAGUAUCAAGAUCUCCUAAAUGUCAAAAUGGCUCUGGACGUUGAGAUUGCCACAUACAGGAAGCUGCUGGAAGGCGAGGAGAGCAGGAUCACUCUACCUAUCCAGACAUAUUCUGCACUGAGCUUCAGAGAAACCAGCCCAGAGCAGAGGGCUUCUGAAGUCCACACUAAGAAGACAGUCAUGAUAAAAACUAUUGAGACGCGAGAUGGAGAGCUGAGCGACUGAUUAUUUUUACCACUGAGACCUUCGGUAAAGUCGUCAGCGAGGCCUCUCAACAGCAUCAGGAGGUGCUGUGAGAUAGGACGGAGAACACAUAACGACGGACGCACGACAAGAAACUUCCAUGACCACAAUACACAGCCUGAGCGCAAUCCUGCUGGACAAAUGCCAUCUCAUGCUGUACUUUCACCGCACCUCUCCUGCACCCCCCACUACUCCCGAGCUUCUCCUUAACCUAAGGACUCUCAAAACGAAAUCGAAUAUAGGAGCUGCCCGAAACGGAGAAACCUCAUGUUAUGUAGCAUCUUCUUUAAGGUGUCUCUUCGACACAAUUCAAACAGAAAUAAAAUCACAGACACCAUCAUAAAGAAUUGCAUUUCACAUUCAUUCAUUAGGCUAGAUAAAGUGACUUCAGAUUAGUAAAUAGCUCCUGCAGGGCUAUGUAGAUCCUUCUUACUGACAAACUGCAUCACGUCAUGUUAGUCUGUGUAUGAAUUUACCCUGUCACCUCGUCUUAAUCUGUCAUUAGAUAUUAAAGACAUCAGAACUGGCUAGAAUUGUAAGCAUUUCUCCUCUUCAAAAAAGAGAAGAAUUGCUUAUAUUUAUUAAUAACAGAUUGAUGACACUUUCAAAGUCCAUCUAUCUCCAGCAACUAUAGAGAGUAUCUUCCUGGACAUCUAAAUGUAUCUCUGAAACAACACACGCAGCUUUCAAAGUCAACACACGUAGCCAUGAACGUAACCCAAAUAUUUUAAAUCCAAGCACUGUGGCAGACAUUUGAGGUAGAAUUUGGGAUGUAGGUCUUCUACUUAUAACAUUAAAUAAUUAUAUCUUUCUGUGGUUGGAUUUUAAACCUGAUAAGCCCUGAUAUAGCGAAACACUGAAUGUAUGGAGACGUAGAGUACUGCUUGGAACAAAGUUAGAUCUGAAAGUUGUCCUGUGGACUAAAAAAGGGUGUGCAAUAAUUUGCAAAACCCUUUCAAAUGGAACAGGCAAAGAUAAAACGGAUUAAGGAACAAAUAAAAACCAAAAUACAAAUUGAGCAAAUCAGUGUGAUAGCGACAGUUUUAUAUGUUUUUCAAAUCAACAGACAUAUUGUAGACAAGAAGGAAAAAAAUAUACGAUGUUUUGGAAUGUUGCUCCAAGUAAGCAUUUAGUCGAUGCCAGACUUUAGAGAGAAAACGGCUUUGUGGAAAGGUCAACAUUCACUUUGAUAAUAUCACACUGAUUUAAUGGAGAGAUUUCACAAAUGUUCCUAGUUAUAUUUGGAACACCAAUAAUAGUUGUUAUAGCGUUAAAGCAUGUGAUUACUAGGUUGAGGCAGAUAUUAUAAGUAAAACGUAAAUUAAGGUUGACAUUCUAGUGACCAAUCAGAUUGGAUUGGCUCUAUAAAUGUGGAUUCCCAUAAUCCUUUGCUUGUCAAUGUUACUAACGCAGAGACUGGGGAGCAAAGCAGAGCAAAUUAAUAUGACGUGUUUCUCCUUAUAUCUUGGAGUUUGGCUCUGAAGAUAUCAGUGGACUACAUUUCCCAUAAUGCUUGGGUGAUCUGCCACUGUCUUAAAGAAAUAACAUAUACUUUUAUACAUUUUUUUUUCCCAAGUGAAACUGAGAUAUAAUGACAAAUAAAAACACACACAAAAACACAAAUAAUAAAAAAAAAAAAAAAAAAAAAGAUUUUUUAUCUAUUUUCCCACAGUCAUUAUGUUGCAUUGUGGCCAUUGCAUUUUAAUAAUGCAAGUUCAAGCACAUGUUAUUUUUAGACAUUAAUUGGAUUCAUUAAAUGUAGCAAUAAAGAGAAAGGAAUCUGAAAUUAAA